AUUUCAAUUAACCGUUUACAGGCGGCGAUUGGUGAGUGGAAGCCGGCCGGAACAAAACAAAAAGGAGCAACCGCCAGAGAGUUGGCCGGCAAACAGAGGAACGGAGGACUCUGUCAUCAUAUCAAUCACCAUGAAUUGAUCCCUUCCCUCCAGAUUCUUGUACUCUCCUCCAACUCCAUUCUUGUCGCCAUUACUGCUGCCACACUACGGACACGGGUAGCUUCUUCUUCCUCCUCUCUCUCCCCUCCAAAAAUGUCAAAUUCAUUGAAACCCUUAACGACCAACCACUACUAGUAGCAGUGACGAUCGUAUUCCUCCCGCCGUCAACCAUGGCUGCGUCUUCCGUUCUCCUCUGCAAUCCUCUCUCCACCCUCCGUCGUCGCCGCUUAAUCGCCGUCCCUGCGGCGAGAUUUCACACACCCAUCUCCGUAGCAACUCUGUUUCCAAGCUCUGUCUCCCUCCGCCGCGCCGCGAACUGUAGUCUUCGUUCAUCUACCAAUUCCUUGGUCCGGAGUUCUUCUCCUCGGAAUGUCCAAUCUCCGGCGGAUGAACAGCCGCCCAUUGGUGAGGACUCUGCUCUGUUUCAAUUGGAGAAUCAGAAGCUCUCGUCUUGGCUCUACUUCUCCGUCAUCCUCGGCGUCGUCUUAUUCCUCCUCGACCUCCUCUGGAUCGACAAUUCCACCGGAUACGGCAAACUCUUCGUCGACUCUCUCUCCGCCGUCUCCGACAGCCACGAGGUUGUAAUGCUUCUGCUCAUACUGGCUUUCGCAACUGUCCACAGUGGUUUGGCUAGCGUGAGAGACGCAGGGGAGAAGCUGGUCGGAGAACGAGCCUUCCGUGUUGUUUUUGCAGGAUUGUCUCUUCCUUUAGCUGUUAGUACAGUGGUUUACUUCAUCAAUCACAGGUACGAUGGGACUCAGCUAUGGCAGCUGCAAUCUGUCUCCGGGUUGCACGAAGUCGUGUGGCUGUCCAACUUCAUUUCCUUCUUCUUGCUCUACCCUUCGACGUUCAAUCUGCUGGAGGUUGCAGCCGUGGACAAGCCGAAGAUGCAUCUCUGGGAGAGUGGAAUCAUGAGAAUCACAAGGCACCCCCAGAUGGUAGGUCAGGUGAUGUGGUGCGUGGCUCACACGGUGUGGAUAGGGAACUCAGUCGUACUAGCUGCAUCGGUCGGUCUAAUUGCACACCACUUGUUCGGUGUUUGGAAUGGAGAUAGGAGACUAGCUGCGAGAUACGGGGAAGCAUUUGAAGCGGUGAAGGGCAGGACAAGCGUAGUUCCGUUUGCAGCAAUCUUGGAUGGUCGCCAGAAGCUACCCAAAGAUUACUACAAGGAGUUCUUGAGGCUGCCUUAUCUGACCAUCACGGCACUGACAUUAGGUGCAUAUUUUGCUCACCCGUUGAUGCAGGCUUCAAGCUAUGGCCUGCAUUGGUAGAAAGGGAAAGUAAGUAACUUUACCUAGAAUGUAGUUGUUGUAUUGCUACCUUGGAUCAUCAUGUGACUAGGCUACGAAACGAGGGAUGGAAAAUGUACCAUCCGUAGCAUUCAAUCAUGCAAACACGGGAACUGAAUCUAUAAGUUGGAAUGAGAGUUAGAAGAGAAGAGGCUUCAAUCUUCAUUUAUUGUAAUGGAAACCUCGGUAAUACAAUACAAUACAAUACAUUCUGCAGUAAUAUAAAAGCUUCGAGCUUCACAUUGUUCUGCCGGAAUUACAUACAAACAUAAAGAUUGUCCUUUUUUUGCUUAAUCUUAUUCUGUCUCCGUCAUUAUUUUAGCAAAGCAGUUGAGGUAGUAGUAGAGUUCAUUUGUAUUGAUGACUGCUUUCAACAGGGACAGUGGUUGGAAGUUUUACAACUCCUUUAUAGCGCAAAGGAGGAAUAGAGCAGUGGCCGUUCUACGGCCAAAUUCAUCAUCUGAGAUUGCAGAAAAACACAUCAUGAUCAUCAUCAUCAACAACUUCUCAAACUUGUUCAGCUCCACAACUGUGCAUAAUGCUCCAGGCCAGCCGGGGUACUGAGAGGCUUACACCUCUCCAUCUCCAGCAAAGGAAACCCACAAUGGCAAAAAAACCUCAUUGGCUGUGUUGAAAGCCAAAGAGGUAAAAAGCAGAAAGCCAUUGGAACUCCUCCACUGAUCAGAAGGCGGCGGCAAGAAGACACAGCACUGCUAACCGAGUUGUACCUGUUGAGGAUGACCACAACAUGAAACCCACAAAAAGACGAGGGGGGAAACAACAUAGAAGAAGAAAAUUUGAAAAUGAAGGGAAAGGAACAAAAAAAUGUUGCAGGUUGGGGUUAUUGCUGAUGGAGGAUGGAGAUUAGUUUAGUCAUCUCCCUGAAUGUACCAGCAGAGGAGCAUGGUGGCGCAGCGGCGGAGGACGUAAAUCUUAGCUCGUUGCUCCUUGAUCAAGGAUGCACAUUUCCUGGUGAUCUUGCUUCCCUUCUUGGUUGGUGCAGCAGAGAGGCCAUUAGCAGAUGCAGCAUUCCUGGUGUAAACCGUGAUCUCAGCCAUCUUCGUACUUCGUGAUUUGUAGUGUGUUCAGUGACUUAACAAGAGUAACUGUGUAUAGAAUGAAUGAUAGAAAGAAAGGAACAAAUCAAACCCCUGAGGAGGGUGAAAAAAAGGAAAGAUGAACAAGAAGAAGAAUUGCUUCAAACUGGUGUUGUUGGGAGAUGGAAGGUGGAAUGGGAGUGGAUAUUUAUGGAGGAUGGAGUGCAUGGGGAGUUAGGGUAGUGAACCUUGGAAGUUGGAAUUUAGGUAGAUUACAAAUUUUCCAUGAAAAAGAGGUGCAUUUUCCAGGAAAGAUCUAGGAGUUGGCUUGUUUUUCAAGUGAGGGAAUGAACAUGGUCGCCUUCAUUACCAAGUAGUUUUGUCUCCUGUGUAUAACUGAAGCUAAACCAGGUAGGACAAUCCAAGUUUUGUGUAUGAUAAGAAAGAA